GGCUUUUUUUUGCUUUCCGUAAGCAGUUGCAGUCUUAGUCUUUAACAAGUCGUUCGUGGGUCGUGUAAAUAAUCCCCGCAGUUGCCUAACAACAACUGCAACUAAGACUUUAAACUGACUGUAAUGAUGGGAUCAAAGCAAACGUAACUAUGCUCCCAGCAAUUACGCCGACUCGCACGAGAUUCCAGCACCAAUGCCAAAUGUGACAAAGCGAACGCGUGAAUGCCGCCCUGAAGGAGUAGCAAACGAAGCAAACAGAAAUAGAAAUCAAAUUACGAGUAAAUCAAGAAGAGCCACUACAACAACAACAACAACAACAGCAAAUUCGAAUCCACACACGCAUCCCCGGCCACGGAGCGUCACAUCUAGAAGACAAUAUAAUAUAAUUUUGAUUUACUUUAAUUUCGUUUGCAUCGAUUAAAACGUGUUUGUUUGCGUGCAAUCACUUUUUCCACCGUGUCCCGGCGUGUGCGAGAAAGUCUUGCAACGUACAAAACAACACGUUGAUAAGCACGGCCGCAAAAAUUCCCAAAUCCGUGGCAACAUCCAAACUGCAGCGCCUCAAAGCCAAAGCAGCUGCAAGUCAACACUACGGUGGCGGUUAUCGUAAGUCCGGUAACAGCGGCAGCAACGGCAGCGGCGGCGGCGGCGCUGGCAGCGGCGCUGGCAGCGACUUAACUAAUUUCACAACAACAGGCGGCUACAACUAUCAACGCGGUGGCGCUGCGGAGGAGCGUAGCUUUGCUGCAACAGCGGCGACGUCGGCGUUGGCGUUGGCGUCUACAGCUGCCGACACUGUUGGCGACAAGUCAUAUCACUACAACAACAACAACAACAACAACAUUAGCACUAGCAACAACAACAAUUAUCAAAAGUCAAACUACACCAGUGCCAAUUAUAAUAAUCAGACCCAAACAAACCACCUGCCUUACCAGCCUACACCAUACUCCUCCUCCCACAACAACAACAACAACAACAACAGCAGCAACAGCAACAGCUGCAGCGGAAACGGGGGAACGAUGAUGAUGACCAAACAGAAGUCAACGCUUACCGAGCGCCUCAAUAUUGGCGGGGACGAGGUUCGCGAGCUUAAAUUGGGCGCCACAUUCAAUCCGAAAAACACAUCGACCGCAUUUCACACAAUCAAAUAUGACUUUAAGCCAGCGAGUGUGGAUACGAGCCGUAUGGCAACUGUGGAUGUUGGCUCCAAUAAUCAAGUUACUGUUACCGUGCCAAAUUUAGAAAGUUCCGGUGUGCCUCAAACAGUUUAUAAGGGUAAUCACAAAAAAUAUACAAAAGAAUGCCUAAUCAUUUUCGACAAGGAAACGGGUGCUAUCACGUUAGAAAGGCUAAACCACAAUAUACAAGUGAAGAAGACAAGAAGCGAAGUGACAAACAAGCCAAGCUUGAUGUCUGCUACAAAUGCACCCAUGUCUAAUGGUGCUCCCGUUCCGUCCUCGGCGGCAGCUGGAACUGGAUCGGCGGGAAAAUUGGAAAACAGCACCAUGCGCAUUUCAUCCAAAACGAAAGUGUCCACGGGCAGUCGCCGGAACAACAUAAUUGAUUUUAAGCCACGUAAUUCGCCCAUGCAGCAGAGCUCACCAUCACGUCCAGUGGCCUCGCACAGGAGUCCGCAAUCGGCGCCAGCUUGGCAUGCCAACAAUGCCCAACAGACAUUGCCUAGCAUACCAAUGAUAAUGGACGAUGACGACUUUGGCCUCAGUGCUGCCCUGCACAAUGGCAGUCAAGCGAAUAUAUCGGGCUCUUCCACAGGCUCCUCAGCCGGCCAGCCGGACUAUGCGUCAGUGCACUCAGGAAAGCAAAGGCAGGCGACGCCGCAAGGUCACGCCAAACGUCAGCAACUGACUCAACGCUCCAGUCCUCCCAUGCAGCAGCAGCAGCAUCAAAAUUAUGGCCGAGGCAGCAACAACUACGCACAGCAACAACAGCAGCAGCAGCAGCAGCAGCUUCAACAACGCGCAUCCUUUAGCCAUAGCAAUCAUAGCAACAGCAUGCCCAUGGAUAUGGAUUCACCCACACAUAAUGAGCAAACCGCACAGUCUAUGGCGCAGGCGGCUGCCGCGCUGGAACAGCAAAUUGGUGGCGAACUGAGUGCAUCCAGCUCAAGUUCGGAGUCUGAUUCCAGCGACAGCGAUAGUGGUAGUGAUUCUGAUGACAGCACCGAGGAUGAUCGUCCCAAUCAUCAUACCAAUCAGCAGCUGCCGCCAGCGCAGCAACCACAACAUCAUCAUAUGCAGCAUCAGCAGCAACAACACAUGCAUCAGCUGCCCAAUCUGGAACUUGGUUCUGUAUCGCCGGCCUACAACAGUCAUCAUCAUCAUCAGCAACAGCAACAGUCGCAUCAUCAUCAUCAUCAUCAGCAGCAGCAACAACAACAACAUCAGCAGUCCGGCAUUUAUGCAUCAAACGGUGGCUUUCCCAAUGACUUGCUACAAAACGAUCUGCAAUUGUCCUCAAAUUCUUCCGAUGAUGAUGACGAUUAGCCUUUUUUAAUUGUAAACCAUUUAGUUGUAAUCUAUAUGCCUUCAUUUGAGUACUUUCAAACAAAUCAAGAAACUAACAUACAAUAGCAAUAGCAUACAACAAAAGGAAGAAAACUAUAGCAAAAACACUAUUAAUUAUUGAUAUUCAUUCUCUCUGCGUUUUUAAGUUGAAAUUAUUGAAUGGUGAAUUUAAUUGCUAGUGAAAUUUUUAUAAAUAAAUUCUUAGUUCUAUGAUUACGCAUACAUACAUAUAAAUAUACUAAAUAAUUUUUAACAUAAUUUUUACAAUUUCCAAAUGUGCUGGAGAACAUUGAAUGCAAAAAAAAAAAAAAAAAAACAGAAGAAAAUAACAAAACACGAAACACAAUUGUAAUUGUAAUGCUAAACGUACGUUUGCCAAUAAUUCAAUGUACAUUAAUUUUAAAAUUAAAUCAAAGGUUAUGUGAAAUUUGUUGGCAGUCCUGAAGAGUGCGCGCAAUGUUUAUAGAUUUACAAACAAACAGAUGACAACAAAAAUUAUUUAGUUUCUAAUAGAACCACAUAAAUAUAUAAAUAUAUAUACAAACACACACACAUACACACACACACAUAUUAUAUAUAUAUAUAUACACGUGUAAUUGUUAAGUGAGAAGAACGAUAACAAAAAAUGACCACAGCGGAUUUUUGCCAUUAAUUACGCAUUUUAGUCUAAGCGAUUUUCAGCUAACAUUUAGAUGUAACAAAACACUUUUUGACAAACAAA